AUGGAAGCCGUGGACACUACCAAACGCCUGUCUAGCUUGCGGCAGUUGAUGCAAGAGCACAAAGUUGAUGUAUACAAGUUUAUUUCCGGGUUUUCUGGCUCCGCUGGAACCGCUAUCAUUUCACUGAAGGAAGCGGCGCUUUCGACCGAUGGCCGGUACUUCAACCAAGCGGCGAAACAGCUUGACAACAACUGGACUCUAUUGAAGCGCGGGGUGGAGGGUGUCCCAACCUCACAAGAAUGGAUAACUCAGCAAGCCGAGGGUGGUAAAGUGGUCGGAGUUGAUCCGGCUUUAAUCACAGGAGCGGCCGCCCGCAGCCUUUCUGAUGCCCUACAAAAAAGUGGUGCUUCAUUAAUCGGGGUCUCUCAGAACCUUGUUGAUUUGGUCUGGGGCAGCGAGCGCCCUGCUCCGCCGCGGGAGAAGGUCAAGGUCCAUCCUGAGAAGUAUGCAGGAAAGAGCUUUCAAGAGAAAGUUAGCGACCUGCGGAAGGAACUUGAGAGCAAGAAGGCAGCCGGUUUUGUUAUCUCCAUGCUUGAUGAAAUUGCCUGGCUGCUGAACUUGAGGGGAAGCGACAUUCCCUACAAUCCGGUCUUUAUCUCCUAUUGCAUUGUCACCCCCACCACCGUCGAGCUCUAUAUUGACGAUGAGAAGCUGACAUCUGAGGUGAAAGCCCACCUUGGAGAUGAUGUGGUCAUAAAGCCUUAUGAUUCUAUCUUUGCAGACGCCAAAGCACUUUUCGAAGCGAAGAAGCAGGAUCCCGAAGCCCCAACUUCCAAGUUCCUUGUUUCGAACAGAGCUUCCUGGGCUCUCAACCUGAGCCUAGGAGGCGAAGACCAUGUUGAUGAGAUUCGCAGCCCUAUUGGCGACGCUAAGGCCGUGAAGAACGAUGUCGAAUUAGCUGGUAUGAGGGCUUGUCAUAUUCGUGACGGUGCUGCCUUGAUCGAGUAUUUUGCCUGGCUCGAAAACGAACUGGUUAACAAAAAGACCACUUUGGAUGAAGUCGACGCAGCUGAUAAGCUGGAGCAACUCAGGUCCAAGCAGGAGCUGUUUGCAGGCCUCUCCUUCGACACUAUCUCCUCAACUGGCCCUAACGGAGCUGUCAUCCACUACAAACCCGAGAAGGGAAGCUGCUCCGUCAUCGACCCCAACGCUAUCUACCUGUGCGAUUCUGGUGGCCAGUAUUUCGAUGGCACUACAGAUGUCACGAGAACUUAUCACUUUGGUCAGCCUACCGAGCUUGAAAAGAAAGCUUUUACAUUAGUUCUCAAGGGAUGCAUUGGGCUCGACGCUGCUGUCUUCCCGAAAGGCACGAGCGGAUUUGCACUUGAUGUCCUCGCUCGGCAACACCUGUGGAAGGAGGGCCUUGACUUCCUGCACGGAACAGGUCACGGAAUUGGCUCAUACUUGAAUGUACACGAGGGCCCCGUAGGCAUCGGUACCCGUGUUCAAUACACCGAGGUGCCCCUAGCACCUGGAAACGUUAUUUCAGACGAACCCGGCUUUUACGAGGACGGCAAGUUCGGAAUCCGCAUUGAGAACGUUGUUAUGGUGCGCGAGGUCCAGACUACUCACAAGUUUGGUGAAAGGCCAUGGCUGGGCUUUGAGCAUGUCACAAUGUGCCCCAUCGGCCAGAACCUGAUUGAGCCAUCGCUUCUGAGCGACUCCGAGAUGAAGUGGUUGAAUGAUUACCAUGCGGAGGUGUGGGAGAAGACCCAUAAGUACUUUGAGAACGAUGAACUCACUCGUAAGUGGCUUCAACGGGAGACUCAGCCAAUCUCCAAAUAA